AUGCAGUUCUCUCAGCUCCUUUUCGCCGCCCUCGCCGCUGUCCCAGCUGUCAUGGCUGCCCCCGUUGCCAGCACAAACAUGAUGGCAGCUACCUCUACUUGGACCAUCGAUAACAUGAAGCGUGUCUGCAACACAGCUGACACCUCUUGCACCUGGACCUUUGGCAUCAACACCGGAGCUGCCACAACCGCCUGCAGCUUCGUUGUGAAGGGGACCACUGCCGCUGACCUGAACGGUGGCCCCGCUACCUGCGGUGACUUCACCGUUACCUCUGGCUGGAGCGGACAAUUUGGUGCCGGCAAUGGCUUCACCACCCUCGCUGUUGUCGAUAACGUGUCCCGCCAGAUCAUCUACCCUGCCUACACUGAUGUCCAGCUCAACACUGGCAAGGUUGUUAAGCCCGACCAGAGCUACACCCCCGCCAACCUCCCCUAA